GAUCCCUGAACCCAGCCCUGCCGUCUUCCCUGGCCCCGAGGUGGGCAUGGACCAACAGUUGUGAGCAGCCAAAGCUGAUGCCCGGCCCCCAGGGGGGCACAGGAGCCCCCGCCAUGAGCCUGGGCAAGCUGUCUCCUGUAGGAUGGGUGUCCAGUUCCCAUGGGAAGAGGCGGCUGACAGCAGACAUGAUCAGCCCCCCACUCGGGGACUUCCGCCACACCAUGCACGUGGGUCGUGGUGGGGAUGUCUUCGGCGAUACUUCCUUCCUCAGCAACCACGGGGGCCGCUCUGGAAGCACCCACCACCGCUCACCCCGAAGUUUCCUGGCCAGGAAGCUCCAGCAGGUGCGCAGGGUGGGGGUGCCGCCUCGAAGGAUGGCUUCCCCAACGGCACCCUCGCCUGCCCCACCUGCCAUCUCCCCCAUCAUCAAGAAUGCCAUCUCCCUGCCCCAGCUCAACCAGGCCACCUAUGACAGCCUGGUGGUGGGCAAGCUCAGCUUUGACAGGAGUCCGGCCUGCUCCACGGAUGGCCACUCUGGUUAUGGCCUCGAUUCCGGGUUUUGCACUAUCUCUCGUGUGCCGCGUGUGGAAAAGCACAACAGCCGUGACCGUGACUGUGACCGCGAUUGUGACCGUGUUCGUGACCGUGUUCAAGACCGAGAGCAAAAUUCUUUCCCGUCUGAGCCCGAGCUUCGACGCUCUGACUCUCUCUUGUCCUUCCGUCUUGACCUUGACCUAGGCCCCUCACUCCUCAGCGAGCUGCUAGGGGUCAUGAGCCUUUCAGAAACCCCGGCCGCUGAGACCCCAGCCCCUGCUGCCAACGCCCCCGCCUCAGCAGCAACCCCUCCUGCCCCUCCUGCAGAACCCCCAGCCUGUGCCGUAACCACCCGAGACCCUAUAGCAAGCCCCCCAGCCCGUGAACAUUUCCCCAAUGGGGGAACUGCUGUGCUGGGCCCCGUGGCCGAGGUAAAGCCCAGUCCUGUGGGAGAGAAUCCCCAGGUACCUCCCAACAUGGCCUUUGGCAAGCAUGGAGCCAGCUGGGGGGCCAGCCAGGCCAGCCGGGCCAGCCGCCACUAUACCGAGAUGGAUGCUCGGCGGGAGCUGGCGGGGGUGCUACCACAAGUCCACGGCUCCUGGGAGAGCCUGAAUGAAGAAGAAUGGAGCGCACCUCCGGCCAGUACCCGGGCCCCGGUGCCCAGCACGGUGCAGGUCAAUGCCUUUGAAUUUGCUGAUGCUGAGGAAGAUGAUGAAGUCAAGGUGUGAGGGACUGGGCAUGGGCUCCAGGUCCUGCCGUCCUCAGGACUCAGAGAGCAGAGGGGCUGAGCUCACCCACCGCCCCCUUAACUGCUACG